AUGUUUCGGUUAUCAUCAUCAUCAUCAUCAUCAUCAUCAUCAUCAUCAUCAUCAUCAUCAUCAUCAUCAUCAUCAUCAUCAUCAUCAUCAUCAUCAUCAUCAUCAUCAUCAUCAUCAUCAAAGUUGAAUCGAAUGAUGACAAAACAAAAAAGAACGACCAAGUUUUUCAUUAAAAAAAAGAAAAUAAUUAAAAGUAGUCGUAACCUCUAUCACUCAUUGUAA